UGCUGCUGCUGCUGCUGCUGCUGUGGAAACGGGGCUGAGGCCGAGGAGGCCUUCUCCUCACAAAAUGGCUGCCGCGGGGGGCGUCGGGGGCGUCAACCCUUUCCUCAGCGACUCCGAAGAGUCCGAGCCCGAGGAGGCCAGGCCCCAAGGCAGAGAAGGAGGAGGCGGCAGUAGUAGCCCCGGAGAAGCCGCGGCCCCUGCCCCUCCGCCUCCGCCUCCUGUUCCCGUUCCCGUUCCCAUCCCUCCUGCGGCCCCCGAGGAGCCUCCCCGGGUCCCAGUGGACGCCUUGGCGGCCCAGCUCCUCCGCGACCAGUUCGUCUUGACGGCGCUGGAGCUCCACACGGAGCUGCUGGAGAGCGGCAGGGAGCUGCCCCGGCUCAGGGACUACUUCUCCAACCCCGGGCACUUCGAGAGGCAGAGCGGCGGCGGCGGGGCCGGGGCCACCGUCCCUGCGCCCACCCCGCCGGCCUCCGCAGCCUCCUCGGCCGCCCCUGGCAUGGGCCUCGCCUUCCUCCUCGGAGGAGGAGCAGGGAAGGACCCCGCCGCUGCCGCCGCCGCCGCCGGACAGCUCCAUCGAGCUGGAAGCAUUAGCACUCUUGAUUCCUUGGAUUUUGCCAGAUAUUCAGAUGAUGGAAAUAGAGAGACAGAUGAACGGGUAGCUGUCCUGGAGUUUGAACUACGGAAAGCAAAAGAGACCAUUCAGGCCCUCCGAGCCAACCUGACUCAGGCUGCAGAAAAUGAAGUUCCUUUGCAGGAACGGAGAAAUUACAAAUCAAGUCCUGAAAUUCAGGAACCAAUUAAACCUCUUGAAAAAAGAGCCCUAAACUUCUUAGUCAAUGAAUUUUUGUUAAAGAACAGUUACAAGCUUACAUCAAUAACCUUUUCAGAUGAAAAUGAUGAUCAGGACUUUGAGCUGUGGGAUGAUGUUGGACUGAACAUUCCAAAACCUCCAGACUUGCUACAGCUAUACCGUGACUUUGGCAACCACCAAGUAACUUCAAAAGAUGUUGUGGAUAUAGCAGUUGGCACAGAGGAGGAUGAAUUGGAGGCCAGCACCCCUAUCCUAGAUAACAUUCCUGUGUUUGGAACACCAGAGUCAAUAGAGCAAUGCGUAAUGGUGCAGAAAUUAGAAGACCAAAUUAAUGCAUUAAGCACUGAGAAGUGGGCUCUCCUGGAACAAAUACGAAGACUUGAAAGUGAAAUAGAUUACUUAAGAAGUGAAAAAACUCCUAUUCCAGCGAUAUAUGACUCAGUCCAGUCUUCUGUAACUCAAGUGCCUCUCACAGUCCCAGAUGAUAAUGGGAGAUAUUUAGAUAUUAAGAGUUCGUCUAAUGAUGAUAAACAUGCUGAAAACGAAGAAAAAAGGAUUUUUGCAGAAUCUGAAUCAAGGACUUUUCAAGACGAUACUCAAUUAUCUCUCCCUUGUAAAGAGACCCUUCCACCUUGUUCCCCAUCAAAUAAAGCUGCUGUGCACUUCGACAAACCCAAUAGGAAAUUAUCACCCGCAUUCCAUCAGGCAUUGCUGUCUUUCUGUCAGAUGUCGGCAGAGAGUCGUUUGGGAUCAGAGGUGUCCCGGAUUGCUGAUAGUGAAAAAAGUGUCAUGCUCAUGCUUGGGCGUUGUUUGCCACAUAUUGUUCCUAAUGUUCUUCUUGCAAAGCGAGAGGAAUUGAUACCACUCAUACUGUGUACAGCUUGCCUCCAUCCUGAACCCAAAGAGAGAGAUCAACUUCUACAUAUACUAUUCAAUUUAAUCAAAAGACCAGAUGAUGAGCAAAGGCAGAUGAUUCUUACUGGGUGUGUUGCAUUUGCUCGGCAUGUUGGACCAACCCGUGUAGAAGCAGAGCUCCUACCACAGUGUUGGGAGCAGAUCAAUCACAAAUAUCCAGAGAGACGGUUGUUAGUGGCAGAGUCCUGUGGAGCAUUAGCACCUUUUUUACCUAAAGAGAUUCGUAGUUCAUUGGUACUUUCCAUGCUACAGCAGAUGCUGAUGGAAGAUAAGGCAGAUUUGGUACGAGAAGCUGUGAUCAAAAGCCUUGGUAUCAUCAUGGGAUAUAUUGAUGAUCCAGACAAAUACCAACAAGGUUUUGAACUACUGCUUUCAGCAUUGGGUGAUCCUUCAGAACGAGUAGUUGGUGCAACUCACCAGGUGUUUUUACCUGCCUAUGCUGCCUGGACUACAGAACUGGGAAAUUUGCAAUCACAUCUAAUACCUACAUUACUUAAUAAAAUUGAAAAACUACUCAGGGAAGGUGAACAUGGAUUAGAGGAACAUAAACUCCACAUGUAUCUUUCUGCUCUGCAGUCCUUGAUUCCUUCACUUUUUGCAUUAGUGUUACAGAAUGCACCAUUUACAAGCAAAGUUAAGCUACAGGGUGAAGUCCCACCAAUAGAAGUGACAAGAUUUCCAAGGCCUGUAUCACCUCUUCAAGAUGUGGCCACUAUAAUUGGAAGCCGUGAGCAGUUGGCUGUGUUGUUGCAUCUUUAUGAUUACCAGUUGGAACAUGAGGGUACCACAGGCUGGGAUACCUUACUAUGGGUUGUCAAUCAAUUGUUGCCACAACUUAUAGAAAUAGUCAGCAAAAUCAAUGUAGCCUCAACAGCCUGCGUACAUGAAUUCUCAAGGUUUUUCUGGCGUCUUUGCCGAACAUUUGGAAAAAUUUUCACAAAUACAAAGGUAAAACCACAAUUUCAGGAAAUCUUAAGACUUUCUGAAGAGAACAUUGAUGCUGCAGCAGGGAAUGGAGUGCUAACAAAAGCCACAGUUCCUAUCUAUGCAACAGGCGUACUUACUUGCUAUAUCCAGGAAGAAGACCGCAAGCUGUUGGUAGGAUUUUUAGAAGAUGUAAUGACUAUGCUUUCAUUAUCCCAUGCUCCCCUUGAUAGCCUGAAAGCAUCUUUUGUGGAACUGGGUGCAAAUCCAGCAUACCAUGAGUUGCUGCUAACAGUAUUAUGGUAUGGAGUUGUACAUACUUCAGCACUUGUUCGGUGUACAGCUGCUAGAAUGUUUGAGCUGUUGGUGAAGGGGGUACAUGAAACUCUGGUAGCUCAGAGAGUUGUUCCUGCUCUCAUUACUCUCUCCAGUGACCCUGAAAUCUCUGUAAGAAUAGCCACAAUUCCUGCCUUUGGUACUAUCAUGGAAACAGUCACUCAGAGGGAGCUGUUGGAGAGAGUUAAAAUGCAGUUGGCCUCUUUUUUGGAAGAUCCUCAGUAUCAAGAUCAACACUCUCUACAUACAGAAAUCAUUAAAACCUUUGGGAGAGUUGGACCAAAUGCUGAGCCAAGAUUUAGAGAUGAAUUUGUUAUUCCACAUUUGCACAAACUCGCCUUGGUAAAUAACCAACAGUCUAUGGAUUCAAAAAGACUGGACAUUGCAACUCAUCUCUUUGAGGCCUAUAGUGCACUCUCCUGUUGUUUUAUUUCUGAAGAUUUAAUGGUCAAUCACUUUUUACCUGGACUCAGAUGUUUACGAAGUGACAUGGAAACCCUUUCACCAGAACAUGAGGUUAUUUUAAGCUCCAUGAUAAAGGAAUGUGAACAGAAAGUUGAAAAUAGGAGUGUCCAAGAACCACAAGGUUCUAUGUCAAUUGCAGCAAGCCUUGUGAGUGAAGACACAAAAACCAAGUUUCUGAACAAAAUGGGCCAGCUGACCACCUCAGGAGCCAUGCUGGCUAAUGUAUUUCAGAGGAAGAAAUAAAUUGGAAUGGAAAGCCCUUGUAAACACUGAAAGACCUCAUUAAGACUCGUUCCUUGUACUUGAAGUACUUGCCUUUUUAUUUCCCCAUCUUAUGUUCUUGUAGUAUAAUUUUACUCUAACCUACAAAGAUAUUUGCACUGCUCUCAAAUAUUGCUAUGUAUCUGUUAACAUUGGGUUAAAUGUGGUUGAUUAUAAACCUAAAUUAAGUCUGUAUCAAGUCCCUGUCCUGUGUUCUUGUCUUUUCAGCAUAAUUUUUUAUAUAAAUAUAUAAAUAUAUAUAUAUAUAGUGAAGAUUUUUUAUUUCCCUCCCGAUGGGUUCUCGGCUGAUAUCUGUAUUAUACAUGGAGCUGUUAUAAUGGUACCUAAAAUAAUGUAAAUUUGAAGUUGCAGUCAUAAAGUAAUAAAAGUGGAGAAUACUUAUGUAUUUAAGUUAUAAGAGGGUAAUGCGGAAUUUUUUAAUGUUUCUAAAAUGAAAGGCAAGAGCCACCAGCACUAGUCUGAUUCUUGGAUUGUUUUUUGUAAAUCGUUGUAUAUUUGGAUUACAGAGGAGAUGGAGAAUAUAAUGUAUAACAGAAUUGCUUACACAAGACUUAUUGUGGACCAGAUUAUUCCAGAAGUGAUGGUUAAACCAGAUCUUUGGAGAUGCAUCUUAUGCAUGCACAUGUUUAAUGUAAAUCAAGCAGCUUAUCAGCCUCACUGCUAGACAGCACAUUUUACUAAGCAAGGCUGGGAAGUGGGGACUAAUAGUACAUUCCACACUGAUUUUAGCAGAAUUAAUUUUAGUGGAAUUCUACCUUGGGAUUAACUUAAAUUGGAUGCUGCUAUGCUCAAAAAAGGUCUUACCCACAUACAUGCUUCUGUUGUCCAAGCUUGUAAGUGUGUAAUGUCUGCGUGCUCGAGCUGCAUCUAUCCUGACUACAGUUCACAAGUGCAGUGAACACACAGUACAUAUUGGUCAGUGCAUGGGUAAGCAUCAUCAAUGGGAUUCUGGCCAUGUGGAAUGGGUACAGGACCAACAUCUCUUUUAAACCAGGCUUUACAAGACAAUGAGGGUACAUGACCAUACUUGACCACUUAUAUGACACUGCAGAGGUUAAAAGCAAUAAUUUGUUUAGCUAUGAAUCAAUUCAAAUUGUGAAAUUAUAAAUACAAUGCAACUUCCCAAAUUACAAUGGUGAAAAGCCACAAGUGUUGCCAAAAAUUAAUACUGAUAUCCACUACAAUUGUUAAACAUUUAGCAUGUUAAAUGUUUUCUGUUUUAGCAUUGCAACAUUUCUGUGAAGACAAGGCCCAGAUUCCUCCAAGACUAUCCAGAGUUUCAUGGCUAUCUGGAGCCCAAGCACAAUACUAUUUCGGUGAUACCUUUUUUCCCAUAACAAAUUCUAAAAAUUCUAUUCUCAGUAAGAGAUGAUGACCAAGCAAUCACAUUGCAACAUUAGCAGACAGGCCCAGACCUUGCUAACUCUAUGUCACAUACCUUAAGACUUCACUGAAAAGCAAGAUGAGAUAGCUGCAGUAAUUCUUGCAAUAGCCAUACUAUGUUGGGGAAGAGAAAAUGAGUUUGCGUCAGACUCACAUGGGGCAUUAAUAUCUUAUUUUCUCAGAUUCCCAUGUCUUCAAUGUAAAAAAGGCCAAUUUUGUAUACUUUCACAUUUUGACUAAGGUGAUGAAUGAAUCAGCUCCUUCCCUACUUCCAACUCCUGUAAGUUGCACUAAUUCUGUUGCAAGUGUUGUCCUAGCGGACAAUAAUCCGUCUGAUCAUGAAAUGCUGGUGGCAUUCCUGAAGAACUGGAAGCGACUAAGUCUCUUGUCUUUUCUUGAGUUAAAUAAAAUGUUUUGCAUAUUU